AUGAAUGCUACUUCAGGUCACGUAUACCAAAUUAUGCAGACGACGAGUCUUUCCCUCAAAGACGACACUCGAUUUACCUGUGAGUUGGCAAAUGCUUUCUCUUCGUUUCGAUUCCAUGCGAAGACCUAUCGUCACGAUCCACCGAUGGCUCUUGACUUUUUCAGUCCGGACGGAAUCGUUAUGGCGGUGUACGAAGGCGUACUCCCCAGUGCAUUUGCAAGUAUUCAUCGUCUACGUGAUGUUGGGUGUAUCCUUCCAAUCGAAAUAUGGUUUCGUCACGAAGAACUACAUCUGGAGAACCCAGUGUUAUUGCUAUUGAUCAAAACGUAUGGACCCAUAUACGUAAGACAAAUCUUCGACGAGCGCAUCUAUGGCUUCAACGUAAAAGUACACGCUCUGUAUUAUUCUCACUUCACUCGCGUUUUGCUGCUGGACGCCGAUAAUUUUGCUUUGCGAGAUCCCACCCCAUUAUUUGCCUCCGAAGCGAUGAAGAAAUAUGGAGCCAUCUUUUGGCCUGACUUUUGGCACCCUGGAAAUUCAAUUUUUAAUCUGCAUGCUCAGAGCUUAGUAUGGGAGCUUUUGGACAUCGAGUACGUGGAUAUGUUGGAACAGGAAAGUGGUCAAUUGUUGGUGGAUCGAGCUAGAAGCAGACCAAUGCUUGAUCAGCUCAUGUUCUACGCGACACAUAAGCCCAAUUUAUUCACGAAAUUAAAACUUGUGUGGGGAGAUAAAGACCUCUUUCGCUUGUCGUGGCUUCAGUUGCGAAAACCAUUUCACUAUAAUGACCGCCGCAUGCCUGGAACUCUGGGUGUCGUGAAUAUCGAUCGUCAACGCUAUUGCGGAGUCACAAUGGUGCAGUAUGAUCUAAGUG